GACUGACUAGUUGCUGUUGCUGUAGAGUCUAAGUCCAGUUCCAUAGGUUCAUGCUAGAAACAGGGUCACUUGGCCUGCACUCCUUUUCUAGUGUCCCUGAAAUAGUAAAAGGUUGAUGCAGCCUCUUUGUGUCUUGGAAUCUGGAAGUGCAGAAGAAUAAAGGCAGGUGAUCAUUUUGAAUCAAGCAUCAAUAACAAUUGAAAAAUAUUUACAUGAUAUCUCGGGUUCCAUGAUGGACCAAAAUUGUCAAACAAAUAAUACAGCAGAGGAACAGCCAUCAGACAAAAGGAAAACCAGAUGCUGCAGUGGAUUCAAGGUGUUCUUGGUGGCCAUGUCAAUCAGCUUUAUUUCUAAGACACUAGGCGGUAUCAUUAUGAAAAGUUCCAUCACUCACAUAGAAAGGAGAUUUGACAUACCCUCUUCUGUUUCUGGCUUAAUUGAUGGAAGCUUUGAAAUUGGAAAUUUGCUUGUGAUAGUGUUUGUAAGUUACUUUGGAUCCAAACUAAACAGACCAAGGAUAAUCGGAAUUGGUAGCUUCAUUAUGGGAACUGGAAGUAUUUUGACUGCUUUACCACAUUUCUUCAUGGGAUAUUACAAGUAUUCGAAAGAAACCAAUAUUGUCCUAUCAGAAAACUCAACCUCAAGCUUUUCAGUCUGUUUAAUUAAUCAAGAUGUAGUACUCAAUAGAACAUCACCUGAGAUAACAGAAAAAGGUUGUGUCAAGGAAUCUGGGUCCUACAUGUGGAUAUAUGUACUGAUGGGGAAUAUGCUUCGUGGAAUUGGGGAAAGCCCAAUCAUACCCUUGGGGAUUUCUUACAUUGAUGAUUUUGCUCCAGAAGGACAUUCUUCUUUUUAUUUAGGUAUUUUGAACACAGUAGCAAUGAUUGGUCCAAUCAUUGGCUUUCUGCUGGGAUCUCUGUUUGCUUCUAUGUAUGUGGAUAUCGGAUAUGUAGAUCUAAGCAGUAUUAGAAUAACUCCUAAGGACUCUACUUGGGUUGGUGCUUGGUGGCUUGGCUUCCUUGUGGCUGGAUUAGUCGCCAUUAUUUCUUCUAUACCAUUCUUUUCCAUUUCCUCAAAUCUUAAUAAACCACAGAAAGAAAGGAAAGUUUCAGUAUCUUUGCAUGGAUCCAAAACAAAUGGAGAAAGGAAUCAAACAGCUAAAUUAGCCAACCAUGAGCAAAAUGUUACUGGAAAUAUAACUGGUUUCUUCCAGUCCUUGAAAACCAUCCUUACCAACAUUCUAUAUGUUAUUUUCUUGUUUGUGACCCUGCUACACAUAAGCAGCUUUAUUGGUUCAAUUACUUACGUCUUCAAAUAUGUGGAACAACAGUUUGGUCGGUCAAUAGCUGAGGCUAACUUUUUGCUUGGAAUUUCAACCAUACCUAUAAUUGCGACUGGGAUAUUUACAGGAGGAUAUGUCAUUAAAAAAUUCAAACUUUCCUUGGUUGGAAUUGCCAAAUUAGGCUUUUUUGCCAUGACGGUGGGCUACCUAUUUCAACUGCUAGAUUUUGUGAUGAUCUGCGACAAAUCAGUUGCUGGCCUAACCUUGACCUAUGAUGGAAAUAAUCCAGUGGAAUCUCAUACAAAUGUACCACUUUCUUAUUGCAACUCAGACUGCAAUUGUGAUGAAAGUCAUUGGGAACCAGUCUGUGGAGACAAUGGGAUAACUUAUAUAUCACCUUGUCUAGCAGGAUGCAAAUCUUUGGAAGGCAAGAAAAGGUCUACAGUGUUUCAUAACUGUAGUUGUGUGGAAGCAACUGGUUCCCAGAACAGAAAUAACUCAGCCCGUUUGGGUGAAUGUCCAAGAAGUGAUGACUGUACAAGAAAAUUUUACAUUUAUAUGACAAUGCAAACCGUGCAGUCUUUUGCCUAUGCGACAGGAAGCGUCCCACUGACCAUGCUAGUUUUUAAAAAUGUUCCACCUGAACUGAAAUCACUUGCAGUGGGUUUCCAUUCACUGACUAUACGAUCACUAGGAGGAAUUCUAGCUCCAAUAUAUUUUGGGGCUCUGAUUGAUAAAGUAUGUAUGAAGUGGUCCAUUGACAGCUGUGGGAAGCCAGGGGCAUGCAGGAUAUAUAAUUCCAUAUUAUAUGGAUAUACUUUCUUGGGCUUGAGGGCGGGUUUAAGAUUCCCUGCGAUUGUUUUAUAUGCUAUAUUCAUUUUUGUCAUGAAGAAAAAAUAUCAAGGAAAAGAUACAAAGGCAUCAGAAAAUGGAGGAAAAGUCCUGGAUGAAACAAACUUAGAACCCUUAAAUAAUAACAGACAUUUUGAACCUUCUGCUGGAGAAGACAGUGAAUUGUGAACUAAAGAGAAGGAAAAAAAGAAACAACUCUUCUGCUGGUUGCUGGUGUAUUUCCAACCAACAUUGAGUUGAUUCAAUAGGAUGUUAUUUUUGAGCAGAAGUUCCUGGUCCUUUCACUGAGAAUUCCCACACUCUUUUGCUUAUGAUAAUACAUGAAACAAACUAUAAAUAAAAAGGAAUAGGAAUCCUAUUGUUUUGAUAUGAAUAAACAUUUGUAAUUAAAAUCAGAAAAUGCAAUACCCACAAAUGUAAAAUGAGAGGAAUGGUUAGUAUAUAACAGAAGAAAAAGUAUUUGCUCAGAUAAUUGUAACUCAAUGAAAACAAUGGCUAGAAAUUGGGGAGAGGUGAAAAAAGAAGAGAAAAAACAGCCUAAAUAAGAAGAAAAAUUAAAUAACUUUUUUUUAAUCCAGUUUGGACCAUGUUACUCAAGUCAGAAGGCUUGCCAGAUGGAGGAUUAUGCUAUCAUGACUUCUGUCAUCUAUGUAUUAAGUCAUUUUUUUCACAGACUUUAUUAAUGUAUCAUUUAAAAUUGUGUUUGUUGUCUGAUGCAUCUUCCUAUCUCCACUGAAAUACUGGUAAAGCAAUAGCAAUAAUUUAAAAUUUGCAAACUAAAUAUGUUGUCAGACAACAUAUUACAGAAUAUGUUAAGUUUCUAUUGGUCCAUGGAGAUAGAUUAAGGAAACACAGACUUUGACUUGAGAAAACAAAGUCCAUUUAAAGAUAUGCCUUCAUUCCCUCUGUCUGCGCUCUAGGAAAAGUAAAAUCUUCACUAGAUAAUUUCUCAACUGUCACUCUAUUGUAUGUUGUUUGCUGUUAUUUCAUUUUUAUUGUACCUCUCCACUCUCCCUGCCACCAAUUCUGUCAAAAUAGUAGGAGAGAAUUAGUAUAAAUAAGAACAAAUAUUUAAAUAUUGCAUUUGCUAGAGGCAGCAGCUCUAUUGUCAAUUGUGGAGAUUCUCAAUCGAUUAAAAGCAGUUUAUUUUAUUUUAUUUCCAUUAGAAUCACCCAUGAAACUUUUAAAAAAUAAAUACUAUCAUAGGCCAUUCUGAUUCAAUACAGCUGUUAUGGAGCCUAAACAUUCCCCUCUAAGUAACAUUCCAUUUGUGAUGUGAUGAGCCCUUGAAACAGAUACAGAAAACCAAGCCACACAGUAAGAGAAGGUAUACCCGAGGAUAGCAAACUCACAGAACAUGAAUGGUUGCUAGAGACUGGGAAUUGGCCUUGUAGUUAUACAUAUUAACCUAUCUCAAGUCAUAGACCCAAGAAAAAAUUCUCUAAUCAUGCAAAGAGAAAUUUGGAAAAACCACUCACACGGUAGGUUGGUACAUAACAAGUCUAAUGGGGUCUUGUGUCAUUAAAAAGUAGAUAAAAAGAAAAAAUUAUGAAGCUAUUUUUUAAACCCUGCAAAGAAAAUAAAGUCAAAUCCCUGAAGAUUUAAUUAUUCAACAAUUUUUAUUGAGUGCCAACUAUCUGUCAGGUAAUGUGGAAUACAAUGGUAAGAAUAAAAAAAUGACUCUACAUUAUGGAUCUCACACACUAAAGAAGGAGACAGAACUUAACAAUAUUAAAUUAUAAAAUGUUAUAAAGUUAUAAAAUGCUAUAAGUUAACAUGUAUAAAUAUAUGUGCAGUGAACAAUAAAAAUAUACCUCAGAUUAUGUGAUCUACAGCAGAAUCCAAAAAUCCAGAAUGAAUGUUAAUACCUAAUCCAAUGACAUUUAUAAUAAUAAAAUAUAAAUCCUAGAGAUUAAAAGAGGAUAAAUUCAACAGAGAAAUGAGUAAGAUGAGGAACAUUUGCAAUGAAGCAAAAUAAUGCAACACUAUAAUUAAAAUGUGCAUUGGAUAAGGGUAAAAGAAGAUAAUGGCCAAAAAAUCAAAUCAAUGAUGAAUAAGUUAUAUUUGAAAAUCUCCAAAAAUAUAGGAGAAAAGGACAAAGAGGCAAAUAAUGAAAAAAGGUAGAUGAUAUAGUGGAGAAGCAAUCCCUCAACCUAAGAAAUCUGUUUUUGAGGAAGAAAUCAAAACUGAAAAGGAAGAAUCAGUUAAAGACAUAAAGGAAAAAUGCUUUCUUUUGAUGAAAAAAGACUUGGGUGUAUAAACUGAAGUACCAUUAUUCACGCUUGUCUUCACACUCCCAACCAUUUCCAUGCGAUGGGGCCUUUGACCACAUGUGGUAUUUCUUUCUCAUGAAAACUUCUUUUCUCCACUUAUUUAACUCUUGCUCAGUAUUCAGAUCUAAACUCAAUUGCCAUUCCUCCAACUUCUCUGACUUCUUUGCUGGUUAACAUCUUCCAAAUAUAUUCAUAGCAACAUGGCAUUUAUCAAAAUUGUAAUUUUCCAUGUAUAACUAUGAGUCUCCUUCAGGAAGUUCCAGGAAGGUAGGAAUUGAAUUCAUUUUCACCCACCUAUUUUAUUCCCAGCAUCUAGCUUGGUGCCUGACACACAGCAGGUGCUUUUAUAACUACUUUUGAAUGAAUGAAUGAGGGAAUAAAUAGCUGAACCCCCAAAAUUAGUCAUAUGACAUGGGAAUUUUAUAAAUAAGAACUAAAAACAUCACGCAAAAAUAAAAAUAGCUACAAUUAAGGUCAUAAGAUUGUGAGUGUUUAGGUUGUUUUGAAGAUUUUGAGAUUGAAAUUCAAAAUAAUCUCAUCAAUUUCCACAUCUCAAAAGUAAAGGUAUUUUACUGAAUCCAUAGAUAAAUUGGGGGAGAACUGACAUCCUUUCAAAGUUAAGUCUUUCAGUCAAUAACUUGAUAUAGGUCUUUAAUUUCUCUGAAUAACGUUUUGUGGUUUGAGAGGUAGAGGGAGGUCUUGGAACAUCUUUUAUAAGAUUUAUUCCUAGAAUUUAAGUGUUUUGAUGUUAUGUUAAAUGUCAUGCUUUACUAAUAUCGUUUUUAAUUGUUACUGGUAUAUGAAAAACCACAUUUGAUUUUUUAUAUUUCCCUUGUAGCCAUUGAGCUUGCUAAAUUUACUUAAUUUCGAUAGUUUAUAGAAACUUCUAGAUUUCCUAUACAACAUGUCACUGACAGUUUCAAUUUUUUCUUUUUUCCUCCUUACAAAUUUAGUGUGUUUUCUUCCCUUAUUUCCCUGCCUGAGACAUUCAGAGAUAGGAGGCAUUAUCUUCUCAAUUCUGAUACAAGGGGGAAAUGUUUUAAUAUUUUCCAUUUAGUUAUAAUUGCUGUAUUUUUAAAAAUCAUGAUUGUGUCCUGAAUCUUAUCACAUGGAAUUUGUUGUGAUUCUUUUCUUAUUCUAAAUAAAUAUUCACAUUUUAAACUCA